UCAGAGAAUGCCCUUCCCGGUUGGACAAGAGGCGUGGCUCACGCAAGUGUCAAAGACUCUUCCAAGUUCCGACGUUGGGUGUAUUCAAUUAAUUUGGCAGAAAGCGAUUUACACACAAUUUCCAUAAAUAAGGGAACCAAGGCGUUCAGAGGUGCUGGUCAGAGCCACGAGGGGGCAAUGUCUGACAACAGUGGUGCUGCCAACAGCAGUAGCUGGACUGUCCUCACAGCUGAGGAGACUGUUGCUGAGACACUGAGGCCUGUAGCGGAAGGAACAGAACACCAUGAAGAUACACCCAGUCAUACUGCUGCGGAGACACCUACAGAGAGUAGGCCUGGGGAGGAUGCUGUGUCUGCUGAAGAGUCUCACUCUGUGAAGCUACAGCAGGAGACCCAGGAAACACAACCAGAGAGAGCCAAGGAUUACACCCCUGUUGUAGAGAGUCUCACCCAUGACCUUCCUUUUGACCCUGCCCCUGACUCCACCCCUGCCCUUGACUCCACCUCUGCUAGUGUUGCUCCUCCGAGCUCUCUGUUAGAAGUCCUCGCCCCCACAGGGCUUGACCCAAAUACACACAGCCAAUCCAGAAGCCUCCCUGGGAACCCAGCCCCUCCCAUCUCUGACCCUGAUUCGUUCUCUGACUCCUACACCCACAUUAGCUCCUCCCCCGACCUUGAAGAGCCCCCUGCCUUGCUGCUCAACACUGAGCAGGUGGGGCUUGUACAGGAAGCGGAGGGGUAUAUACAGGAUGUGCAUCAUCAUUAUGAGGAAGGCCUUGAGCAGGAAGAGGAGGAGUCUGAUCUGUCUGGGGUCAGGGCCAAGACAGACUCCCAUCUGGAGGUGGUGGGGGAGGAGGAGGAAGGGGUGUCCGGGGUGAGGAGGAGGAGGGGGUCUCUCCUGGCAGCUCUGGAGCGGAUCGGGAGGAAGGAGGAGGAAGAGGAGGAGGAGGAUGAGUUCCGGAUUCCGCAGCAGAGGGAGCAAGAGGAGACUGGUUUCUCUCUCAACAAGUGCAUCCUGGGAGCUGUCAUACUGCUGGGCCUCGGAACCAUCAUCUUCUCAGGUGUCUUCAUGGACCUGGAUGGUGAGGGGGACUAUGAUGCCAGGGAGCUGAGAGAAACAGAGGUGGUGGGAAAACAGGAAUGGCUGAAUCCUGAGGUUCCUCUUCCACCACCUGUAGACGUUGACAGUACAGACCAACUGAAUAAACUGGCUAAAGAAGACCCACGGAUAGCUGUACUGCAAGCCCAACUCCUGGCACAGAAAGAGGAGCUAAAAGUAGCCCAGAAGGAGGUGGAGGAUGGAGGGAAGGAGAGAAAGAAGAGGGAGGAGGUGGAGAAGGAGCACGGUAGGCUGAAGAAAGAGAUGACGUCGCUCCCUGUCCUCCAGAAGGAGAAUGAGAGGAUGAAGAGAGAGCUGGAGUCUGUUCCUGUCUUACAGAAGGAUCUAGAGACACUCAGAGCCACAGUGACUGAACUAAAACACAGCACAGCCAAAGAAGCAGCAUCACCUCCAGUCUCUGCCUCUGUCCCGCCCCCCUCUGGCCAAGAUGGGGAUGACAGCCAGAACACAGCCGGAACAAUAGAGAGGAAGGUCAAGAAACCAGGGAAGGGAGAGAAAACAGAGUUGAAGGAAGAGAAGACGGAUUGGAAUAACGGAGGGAAGACGGAUUGGAAUAACGGAGGGAAGACGGAUUGGAAUAAGGGAGGGAAGACGGAUUGGAAUAAGGGAGGGAAGACGGAUUGGAAUAAGGGAGGGAAGACGGAUUGGAAUAAGGGAGGGAAGACGGAUUGGAAUAAGGGAGGGAAGACGGAUUGGAAUAAGGGAGGGAAGACAGAUUAUAAGGUAGAAAAAGAGUGGAGAAGUGGAAAAUAUGACCAGGAGAAAGAAGGAAAAGAGGAGAAAGGGUGGAAGAAGAAAGAAGACAAGAAGGGAGAAUGGAAGAAAGAUAAAUCUAGCAGAGGGGAUGAGGGCAAACCAUGGAAGGACAGAGGAAACAAGAUGGAAUGGAAGGAGAAGAGUGAGAAAAAAGACUGGAAGGUGGAGAAAGAUUGGAAAAAUGAAAACCCUGAAAGAUGGAGUGAUAGCAAGGAGUGGAAGGGAGAGAAGCAUGGAAAAGAGGAGAAACAUCUAAGAAAAGGAGGUUGGAAUGAGGGCAGGGAUGAGUGGAAGGGAGAGAAGAAUGGAAAAGAGGAGAAACAUCUAAGAAAAGGAAGUUGGAAUGAGGGCCGGGAUGAGUGGAAGGGAGAGAAGAAUGGAAAAGAGGAGAAACAUCUAAGAAAAGGAAGUUGGAAUGAGGGCCGGGAUGAGUGGAAGGGAGAGAAGAAUGGAAAAGAGGAGAAACAUCUAAGAAAAGGAGGUUGGAAUGAGGGCAGGGAUGAGUGGAAGGGAGAGAAGAAUGGAAAAGAGGAGAAACAUCUAAGAAAAGGAGGUUGGAAUGAGGGCAGGGAUGAGUGGAAGGGAGGGGAGUGGAAGAACGACAAGGAUGACUAUAAGGACCUUGGCAAAGGAUGGAAGGAGAGAGGAGAGAAAAGGGAGUGGAAGGGAGAGAAAGAUUGGACAAAGAAAGACAGAAAGAAAGACGUCAGUAAAGAGUGGAAGAGUAAGGACAACAGGAGAGAAAAUGAGUGGUCGGAUGGAAAUAGAAAGAUGGAAGGAUUGAAGGAGGAGAGAAACGGUGGGAACUGGAAAAAGGACCGGGGGAAUGACAAGUACGAGAAGGACCACCACCACUACUCUAAGGAAGGGCAGAAAGAGAGGAGAAGGAGAGAAAAGGGCCCUCCCCAAACCCACCGAAGACCCCCCCUUGAGCAACCUGACUACUGGAGCCACCAGAGAGAACGACUGCAGCACAAACCCAACCCUCAAACCCACUGCAGUUCAGUGGAGGCCUGCGCCCAGGCAGAGGGGCUGCUCCCUGUCACCAUGCCGGAGUUUGAGGCCCUGCUCCUGGGUUACCUGGUCAAGGCAGAGAGGGUGGGGGUGGAGGCCUCCAAGAGGGAGGAGCUCAGUAAGCUAACCAAGGAGUUCUUCAGUGACGGAGUGUUCGUUCACGACCAGAUGAGCUUCAAGGACUUUGUGGAGGAUGUGGACGACAUCUUAGAGGAUAUGGUGGAGGAUGAGGAGGUAGAGGAGGAGAUGGAUAACUUUGAGGAAGAGGCAAUGAACAGGUUUUCAGUUCCAGGGGGAGGAGAGAGGGAGAAGUGGAAGAAGGAUAGUGGGAGAGGACGGGUGUGAAGGAGUGAGAAAGGGAGUCAACGCAUGUCAGGAGGAGUGGAAAGAUAAAGGUCGAGGAAAAUAGAUUGAUGUGCUGCAAGGUAGAAUUUAGGAGGAGCAACACACACAUACACAUAUAUAUAUAUAUAUAUAUAUAUACACUACCACGGUUCAAAAGUUUG